CCGGACCAGAGGACAUAGCCGCUAGCGCCCCCACAAUAUAAGGAAUCGUCCCGCACCGGCCAUGGCCAGCCUUGAGACUCUGCGAGCACAUUGACAAUGGAACUUGUUGCAAGCCGAGACCAACCAUCGGGGCCACCGCCAGGGCCACCGCAUCUGCAAGAGAAGGAAGAAACUCAGGUCGAGGAAUCAUCCUCUGAUCCUUACCCAGAAGGCGGAUUGACAGCAUGGCUUGUUGUUCUGGGGUCGUUUUGCGGAGUCAUCGGUGCUUUCGGCAUGAUGAACACGAUUGGAAUAUUCCAAGCAUACGUCGCUGAACACCAGCUUAAAGACUACAGCGAGAGCACGAUCGGGUGGAUCUUUGGCAUGUACGUGUUUCUUGCCUUCUUCUGCGGCAUCCAGAUCGGGCCUAUCUUCGAUGCCCAUGGCCCACGCUUGCUCGUCCUCGCCGGUAGCAUCUGCUUGUGUCUAUCGAUGUUUCUCAUCGGCCUCUGCACCGCAUACUGGCACUUCAUGCUCGUGUUCGGGGUCCUCGGCGGCAUCGGUACGUCCCUCAUCUUCACGCCAGCUCUGGCUGCCGUCAGCCACUUCUUUCUUGAGAAGAGGGGGUAUGCAACGGGCAUCGCAGCAAUGGGCGGAAGUUUGGGCGGUGUCAUCUUCCCCCUGAGCCUCCAGAAGCUCUUCCCGCAAGUGGGCUUCGCGUGGGCGACGAGGAUCAUGGGGUUUAUCAUCCUGGCUUGCUGUUGCGUGUCAGUGGCACUUGUGAAAUCGAGGCUGCCACCGAAGCCAGGGCAAUCAGUCAUGCCUGAUCUGCGCAUCUUCCGAAACAUUCCAUUUCUGCUGGUCACUAUUGGGGUUUACUUUAUGGAAUGGGCCCUCUUCAUCCCCAUAACUUACAUUACCUCCUUCGCCCUCUCCACUGGCGCCGUCACCCCCGCUCUUUCCUACCAACUCAUCGCCAUCUUCAAUGCAGGCUCCUGCUUCGGUCGUUGGGGCUCCGGCAUCAUGGCCGACAAGCUUGGCCGCUUCAACAGCAUGGUCGCCAUGCUCGCUCUCUGCACCGCCACCACCGUAACUCUUUGGCUGCCCGCUUCAAUCCUCGUCCCAAAUACAUCCUCGGACAAGACUACCGUCAAAGCGCUUUCUAUUGUCUAUGCACUGAUCUUUGGGUUCGCGAGCGGGAGUAACAUCAGUCUGACGCCAGUGUGUGUAGGGCAGUUGUGCGAUACGAAUGUGUACGGGCGGUAUUAUGCGACGUGCUACACGAUCGUAAGCUUUGGUACCCUGACGGGGAUUCCAAUCGCAGGGUCCAUUCUGUCAGCGACUGGCGCAAGGUAUUACGGAGUUGUGACGUUCACAUUCGUUUGUUAUAUCAUCAGCUUGGUCUGUUUCAUAUGGGCGAGGGCGUGCAGUGUGGGAUGGAAAAUUGCUGUCAAGUAUUGACAAGGAUCUACCUCUUGGCCAAGAAUUCGGCGGAGGGCCGAAAUUGAAGAUCGGGCGAGGGAUAUUGCAUUGCAUUGGUCGGCGUUCCGGAUAGGGCAUUUCCUACGCCAAAAGGCAGAACAGAGCAUAUAGAAACGACCAAGACACAAGAUGUAAAUACUAUUAGCAAUUAUGGUACUAGUAUACCGUGGG